GAACUAGCGAAGGUCGCGGAGACAGUGAGUACUGGGAGGUCCUGACUCCCGACCCCCGCAGACUGGGGGAGCAAGCGCAGACCUGUUGGGGGAUAGGCGGGCAAAGCCACGUGGGGGAGCUCCGCUUCAAGCCCCGGCCUGGAGCGAUGGCAGCCGCCCGACCGGCCUUGGGCCGCGUCCUCCCUGGCUCUUCCAUUCUCUUCCUGUGCGACAUGCAGGAAAAAUUCCGAGGCGUCAUCUCCUUCUUCCCCCAGAUCGUGGCCGUGUCAGCCCGCAUGCUCCAGGUGGCCCGGGUGCUGGACAUCCCAGUGAUGCUGACGGAGCAGUACCCCAAGGGCCUGGGGCCCACAGUCCCUGAGCUGGGGGCCCAGGGUAUCCGCGCAGUGACCAAGACAUCCUUCAGCAUGGUAGUGCCCGAGGUGGAGCGGCUGAUGAAGGCCAGGCCUGGCCUGCGGUCGGUACUGCUGUGUGGCAUUGAAGCUCAAGCCUGCGUUAUGAGCACAGCCCUGGACCUUCUGGAGAGAGGCUUCGAUGUGCACGUAGUGGCGGAUGCCUGCUCCUCACGCAGUCAGGUGGACCGCUUGCUGGCUCUAUCCAGGAUGCGCCAGAGCGGGGUCUUCCUCACCACCAGCGAGUGCCUCAUACUGCAGCUGGUGGGCGACGCUGCCCAUCCGCGUUUCAAGGAGGUGCAGAAAUUCAUUCGGGAUCCAGCCCCCGAUAGUGGACUCCUUGGCUUGUUCCAGGGCCAGAGCCCCCUCCUCAGCUGAACAUCCCUAGUCCUUUCACACACAUAUACAUAGUGGGACAACCAGCGUUGGAUCGGCUGGGACGCGACCUCCCGGGACCCCCUACUAAUUUGGCCUGGAACUCCUCUCCUGGGGGCGAAGGUCUCAGUCCCGGGAGAAGGGAAAGCUCCUCCCCACAACCCCCCCCCCCAAGAAGAAAGCACCGGUCUCAUUGGCCGACCACCUCCUUCUAUGCAAAUGAAUCCUUGAAGAAAGGGAGGGGAUUGGCUAGGCCCUGGAGGGGGCGGACUGGGGGGAGGUGACCCUCGGAACCGGGUUCGGGGAAUAAAGCUUUCCUCCGCA